AGAAACGGGAAUUAUUUCUUCUUCCCCUGCUUCCCUUCCGUCGCCUGGUCUUCGUUCCAUCUUCUUCCUCUUUCACACCUUCCUUCCACUAAGUCUCCGGUGGGCGACGACCGUUGCCUCCGAGCUCGCAGUCGCAAGUCUAGAUUCACAGGCCGUCAUACGUGGAUCCUCCCUGACGGUGAGUUUCGCUAGCUCUCUCGCGGCGUUUCUGCGUGCGGGUGUGGCACCGAUUGGUGCUUGCUUCGGCGAGUUCUUGCUGGGGGGAAUCUUGUGGGGUUGUUGCCCUGUUUGAUGCGAUUGCACGCAAGAAACUGCCCACCGUGGUCGCUUCUUGGUGCCGCGAAUUCCUCCCCCGCGGUCGUCGACGUCCGGCUUGGUUCUCACUCCUGCCGCUUCUGGGAAUUCUUGUGGAGAGGGCGAUCUGGUCCGAGAACGAUUUAUUGGUUCCUGAGCCUGAGGCUGCUCUGAUGUCUGCUGCGUGGCUUUGCGAGUAAAUAGCUGCCGUGGUGAGCUUUUCUGAGAUCUGAGUAAUUUUCCCUCUCACUUUCUGAUGUUCAGAUCUGCUGUGGUAGCCAAGGAGGUGAGUUGCUUGUGAGGAAUUCACGACAGGAUCGUUUCUCUAUCUGUUUCUGUUAUUUUGGCCAUUUGGUGUGGUGAGUAAUGGAGGAAGUGGAGGAGGCGAACAGGGUAGCCGUGGAGAGCUGCCACAGAGUGCUAGCCUUGCUCUCCCAGAGCCAAGACCCGGCGCAGCUCAGGAGCAUAGCUCAGGGGACGGAUGAAGCCUGUGCAAGGUUUAGGAAGGUGGCUAAACUCCUCAGCAACGAAGGAGGAGGAUCACCAGCUGCCGGAGGAACCCAUCCUAGAGCUAAGGUUGUCAGCAGGAGACAGACUCCAGGCUUCUUGAGCCAGAAGGGCUUCUUGGAUGGUAACACCCCGGUGGUGGUGCUGAAUAGUGCCCAUCCUUCGACUAGCUCUGCACAGGUAUAUCCUAGAAACAAAACUCUGGAUUCACAGAGCACGCAUCAAAUUGGAGGACCUCCCAAGCUGGUCCAGCCAUUGUCUGCACAUUUCCAGUUUGGCAAUGUAUCACGGUAUCAGUUCCAGCAUCAGCACCAACAGCAGAAAAUGCAGGCUGAGAUGUUCAAGAGAAGCAAUAGUGGGAUUAACUUGAAGUUUGACAGCCCCAGUGGCACGGGGACAAUGUCGUCUGCAAGAUCCUUCAUGUCAUCUUUGAGCAUGGAUGGUAGUGUGGCCAGCCUGGAUGCAAAGUCCUCAUCAUUCCAUUUGAUUGGUGGGCCUGCGAUGAGUGACCCCGUCAAUGCGCAGCAGGCACCAAGGAGGCGAUGCUCAGGACGUGGGGAGGAUGGGAAUGGCAAGUGCACUGCAACUGGCAGAUGCCACUGCUCAAAGAGGAGGAAAUUGCGGGUGAAGAGGACGAUUAAAGUUCCCGCAAUUAGUAAUAAAAUUGCUGAUAUACCUCCAGAUGAAUACUCAUGGAGGAAGUAUGGGCAGAAGCCAAUCAAGGGUUCCCCGCAUCCCAGGGGCUACUACAAAUGCAGCAGUGUGAGGGGCUGCCCAGCGAGGAAGCAUGUUGAGCGGUGCGUGGAUGAUCCGUCGAUGCUCAUUGUUACGUACGAGGGUGAACACAACCAUACACGAAUGCCAACUCAGUCUGCUCAGUCUGCGCAGGCUUAGAUAGUCUUCAGGAAAGACAAGUCGCCAGCUCUUGUUGAUGGAAGAGUGGGCUUUUCUCCUAAAUUAGGAUUGCAAAGUGACAAAUAUGGGAUCCAUUUGAGCAGUUGAUGUGCUGACUUGCCUUCUGACCUGCAUGUUUUGUGGUGAGUGUGUGAAGUGAGAGGAUGCAAAAAUGUUCUUCUCCCUUAAAGGAGGUAUCAAAAUGAUGACAGGGUGGAACAGGAUGUUAGAUAGGACAGCUGAGAUUUUUCGCUCAGGAGGGAGUGCGAAGAGUUUGAAGGUUAAGAUAGAAAUUGGGGGGGAUGGCAGUUGUGUAAGAUUGGAAAAUGAGGAAGUUAUCAGAACAAAUCUUCUCGAUUCACUCGGCUCUCCCUCCUUUUGUACCAAGUGCACACAAGCUAGUUUUGAAUAAAAACAGGGGAAAAAAAAGAAAAUCCGGUUAGGUAUUCUUGUAGCGUCACAAGAUCACUGUUUAGUCUCGCUUUCCUUCCGAUCCUUUGGCUAAGCAUGUCUUUUGCUCA